AGUAGUUCCUCUUUCAUGAAAAGUGUUCACCAAUCUUCAUAAUUCUCAUCUGGAAGCUGCUUGCACCUUCUGACAACUCCUUCAAGAUCCACUGUCAGCGUGCGCACUUCUCUCUCUGACUCUAGUCACCUGCAGGCCCACGAUCCCUAGGUCUACGUCAGUUUGGACCCCUCCAUUUUGAUUUCAAUUCGACUCCGAUCCGCCAGCAAAGGAACAACUCAGAACACGAUCUUCUACUAUCGCUCUGUCCACCAUGGACGAGUCUAUAGAUGGCUUCAUAGCCUUCACCGGCGCGAGCGCUGAUGUUGCCAGAAGAUACUUGGGCUUGACUGAAAACAAUGCCGAACAGGCUAUCCAGCUGUUCUUCGAUUCUCCUGACCUUGCGACGGGCCUCAACAACGAAAGCCAGCCGCCAGCUCCCCCAAUACCAACAGCCUCCCGACCAGAAAUCUCAAACCCCGCGCGGCCAUCCCGACAGCAGGUUGUCCUUGACGAUUCAGACAAUGACGAUGACAUGCAGCUGGAUCAUGAAGAAGAAGACGAGGACACAUCAACAGCUGCAGCUAUAAGCCGAGCAGCAGACUAUGAAGAUGAUGAGGCUAUGGCUCGGAGAAUGCAGGAAGAACUCUAUGCUGGUGGAGAUGCCAGUGGAGGUUACGAUGCAGAUGGUGUAAGGGCACCCAUAGGCCGUGUGACGGAAACCCUCGUUGAUGCAGGUGGAGACUGGGGUCCUGACGAUAUGCAUGCUGCAGUAUUGCAGCAGAUGAGAGCUAGACGAAAUAACGGUACAGGAUCAAGUCGCCCAGGACUAUUCAACCAGAGACCCGUGCCUUCGAUUUGGGACGCCUCAGCUGAUCCUGAAGUCCGUAGGGAAGGUUUGGCCCUAGCUACUGGAGGAGCUUCCGAGGAAUCAUCGAAAGCAGCCAAACUCGCAGAGCUGUACAGGCCCCCUUUCGAUCUCAUGCAUCAACUUUCGUGGGAUGCAGCUCGGGACAAAGGCAAAGAGGACUUGAAGUGGAUUCUUGUCAAUAUUCAAAGUCCUUCGGUCUUCUACUGCCAAGCGCUGAAUCGAGAUAUCUGGAGAUACGAUGGCAUCAAAGAGCUCGUGAGGGAAAACUUUAUUUUCGUACAAUACUCCAAGGACGAUCCCCGAGGUCAAUCCUACAUCAACUACUAUUUCCCGCUUAAGGACAGCGAUGAUGCCUACCCACAUAUUGCCAUUGUUGACCCUCGAACUGGAGAGCAACUGAAGGUCUGGUCGGGCGUUCCUAUACCUCAAGCAGGCGACUUCUUGAUGCAGCUGGUUGAAUUCCUUGACCGAUACAGUUUAGACGUUACGAAGAAGAACCCAGUUGCUAGACGCAAACCGGAGAAAGCAAAAUCACUCGACGUAAAUAGACUAACCGAAGAGGAAAUGCUCGAUCUGGCCCUUCAAAACAGUCUUGCAAACAAUGGAGCAAGUGGGCCCAAGGGGGAAGAUCCAGAUGAACUUACAAAGAGCUUCGGCGAUGUCAGCAAGGGAAAAGGAAAGGAGAUCGAGGAAGACGAGGCGAUGGGUAAUGCAGAUGAUGAAGGCGGGGCCUCUUUGACUUCACCAUUCUCGCAGAUUCUGUCUAACAACCCUCACACAGAGCCUGCCGCUGGCCCAGGGGUGACUCGCAUUCAAUUCCGACAUCCCACAGGUCGGGUAGUGCGGAGAUUCCGAGUCAACGACCCAGUACGCCGUAUCUACGAGUGGUUGAAGGCUGAACCUCUGGAGGGGAAAGAAGGGGUCGUAUUUGAUCUCAAGAGCAUGGGAGGCGACCUGAUUGAGCACUUGGACGAGACGAUUCAGACCGCUGAGCUUCCUAAUGGCACCGUUAUGGUGGAAUUCAUCGAAGAUUAGAACUCGGCAAUCACCCUAUCACGGCAAUCCUGGCGUUACGGAAUGAGCGGCCCUUCGUCUGGGCUUACCAACUUUGAUCACUUGCAUUUGAUCUGCGGGGUUUGAGAUACUGUAUAUGGUGUGGAGGGCGUUGCUACUAGUUUUUUUCCUCUUUGAGGCCCCUAUCAUUGCAUUUAGAAGGACGCAUUCACGCCGAGCAUAGAAUGAAUACAAGAAAUUUGUGUCCAACAAGGUGGUUAGAGUAGCCUCCCGGGGGUUUCAUGUGAUUUUAAUGAUUUAUUCAUCGUACCUUUAAAGACAGCAGCGCAGUCAUUGAACU